AUGGACCGCUACGUCCUGUUCUUGAGCUGGGGAGACCGCAAGGGCGAGGCUGCUGCGGCCGGCGGCGCCGGGGCAGCUGGGGCUGCUGCAACUGUUCAUCAGCUCCUGAAAGAAAGCUGCAACUCGUCGAUGAAUGAAGAUGUUAGCACAUUCCCAGCAUGUUCAGUGGCUGGUGUUCCAGGUGUAAAGAAAUGGUAUUUUGCAAGUCAAGUUAUAUGUGGUUAUUAUCAGUUCUGCAGUUCUGACUGGGAGGAAAUCAAUUUUGACACACAGAAGAAUAAAGAGUCUCUCCAAACAAGUAUUGAUGAAUGCCUGGGAGCCAUACAAAAUGUUGAGGAAGAGGACAAUAACAGUAGAGAGUCACUGUCUAUGGCUGAUAUCUAUGAUGAAGCUGCAGAAAGUCUACAUCAGUUAGCUGAUAAACUGCCUGCUCCAGGCAGAGCGAUGGUUGAUGUAAUACUGCAGGCUGUUGAACAAGAUGGACCCAAGUUGAAAGACUGCUUACUUGCUGUUGGUGCCCUGAAACACCUGAGAGAAUGGCACUCUGCACAAAUCACUAUUGCAGCAGAUGACUCUAAAGGAUUAAUUCUUCUUCAUUGUUACAGUAGCUGGCAAAAGAUUGCAGACUAUCUAUCAGCAGACUUUGUAUCUUCAGAUAAUGUCAUGAAUAUUAUUGAUUUAAAAGAACUCUGGAGAGGAAAGAUUCAGAUAUGGGAAAAAAAGUUUGGAUCAGAAGUUAAGUUUCCAGAAUUUUCUAUCAAGGGCACUUCAAUGAAGACAUUCAGCGCUUCGCAUUUGUGUUCUUGCUUUGCCGCUAAAGAAGAGCGACAAUGGAGGAAUACUGAUGCUUUGCCAGAGGUUUUUCAUUACUAUGGUCCUGCACUAGAAUUUUUACAAAUGGUGGUGCCCUCUGAUCUUCCUUCCUUUUUUGUAUCAGAACUGGAAUUUGAGCUGAGCCUGACAAGAAAGAAUAGCAAUGAGACAUCUAUGCUGUUUUUGGACCAAAUUUCAUCUCUCUCUGGAAAGGGGGGAGCUUUAUUCUCAUUGCCAUGUAAUGUAAGCAGUGUAGUGAUUCCAUGCCCUGCCCAGCUGAGUACCAGGAAAUGGAAGGAAUAUAUGGCUAGGAAACCCAAAGUCAUUACUGUUCCAGAAAUAGAGCUGAAAGGAGAAUCUUGCCGAUACUAUUUCUUGCUACAAGGCAACGGCUCUGGAGGUUGUAAAGCAACCCUGAUUCAUUCAGCUAGCCAGAUCAAUGGUAUGGCCACUCUUUCUGCAGCAAAUGAAAAGCUAAAGACAAAAGCAGAAGAAACAGAGCUGAGUUCUCCCUCCAGAGAGUGGGAUGUGUCUUCUCUGCCAUGUUUUUGUGGAGAGGAGAUUGUACAGAGGGAAAAGAAACUGUCACGUCUCCAAGUGUUUGCCUUGAAGGAGUAUCUCAAGAGAAAGGAAUUGACCAAGCAAGCUCCAGUUAUUUCUACAGCUGAGUUCAAAAACUUGUUAGAACUUACAAGAGAAUGUUUUUGGAACCUGUGCAACACUAGUCUUCCUAAACCCAUUCUAGAGAAGGCUGGCAAUAAAACCAGGUCAUACACUGUGACUUCUGAUUUUUCUGAGAUGGUUACCCACUAUAUAUUUCUUGCAGAAUCUGAUUUACUGGAGCUGAAUCCUUUGGAGUGGCCAGAAAGACAUGUUCUUCAGAACUUGGAAAACUUUGAAAAAAACAAGCAAAAAAUGAGAGUUUCUAUGUUUGCACAUUCAUCAGAACAAUUGCUCGGGCAUAAAGAUGGCCAGCGGGAGUCCUUGACAUUGCUGGAUGCUAAGGAAUUACUGAAGUAUUUCACCCCAGAAGGGCUACCUGUUGGUGAUCUUCAGCCACUACACAUUCCCAAACGUGAGAACACAUUCCUUUUGACACCAGCACUGACUCCUCGGAAACUCAGGGGUUUACCCUUUGAAAAAGCAACUGGAUGCCAUUAUCAUGGACUGGAAUAUUGUCUAGAUAACAGAAGAGCCUUAGAGAGAGAUGUGGGAUAUGCUGAACUUCAAACUCGUCUGAUUCGCUAUGAAACUCAGACUACUUGCACCAAAGAGUGCUGUCCUGUGCCGGUUGUCCUGAGCCCUCUCCCAUCUCCUGCAGUCUUGUCAGAGCCUGGAAGUGUCCCUGAUGGAGAGUCUUUGCAAAGUGAAUUCAAAACAGAGGCAUCAAGGCUAAAACACAGAUCAAAAGAGUUGGAUUGCUUUUAUCCCAAGAAAAGGCUAACUAAAUCUGAGAGUACAGAUUCCCUCCUCUCUCAGGCAAGUGGAAACAGUGGGAGUACAGUUGCUGUAAAGAGGAAGCGCACUGAAAGAUCAUUUUCUGUUGCUUCACUACCCAUGAAACAGCCUGGUCAGCCCCACAAAGUAACCACUAAGGUUGGCUCAGCAAGUCACUUAAGUGCAACUGAAACCCAGACUUCAAAGCCAGCUAAGGAAUCAAGAUCCCAGAAACAUACAAGGAUGCUGAAGGAGGUGGUGGCCAAGACUCUUCAAAACCACGGAAUUGCAGAGGAUCACAAGUGCUUUGUGUCGUGCAGCCAGCGUCUGUUUGAGAUAUCUAAGUUCUACUUAAAGGAUCUGAAAACUUCCAGAGGGCUUCUUGAUGAAAUGAAGAAAACAGCAAAUAACAAUGCUAAACAGGUGAUUGAAUGGGUUUUGGAGAAGACUGGGAAGUAGAGCUACUGCAUGGCUGCUCUUCACAUCUCCUUCUGCAGGGACAGAGCAUGUCUGGUG